AUGGCACCAAAUGCGACAGCCGUGGAAAGUGUCCCACAAGCUGAGCAAGAGAUUGACCACACUACAGACGAUCCCAGCUUGGAAGCAGUAGUUCCAGAACUCACUUGGCGAUCUGGCCUAGCAGCUGCCGGCUCAGCGCUCGCCUACUUCUUCACGGUCGGCCUGCAAAAUGCCUUUGGCAUCUUCCAAGAGUAUUACACGAGCUACUAUCUCAAAGGCGAAUCAAACUUCAAGAUCUCUUGGCUGGGUUCAUUCACGAUCUUCACCAUGUUCAUCUUCGCUCCUGGUGUUGGAAUACUUGCGGACAAGGUCGGGCCACUCAUCCCCGUCUCGCUGGGUUCCGUCCUCCUGCUUGUUGCGAUUUUCAUGACAUCGCUUUGUCGUCAAUACUAUCAAUUCUUUCUCGCACAGGGCGUACUUCUUGGGAUUGGGAUGAGCUUCAUCGCUAUACCGGCUUCUGGCAUGGUCCCGAGAUACUUCAAGAGAAAUCGAGGUCUGGCGACGGGCAUCACAGUCGCAGGGUCAUCAUUGGGAGGUAUAAUCUGGCCGAUAGCAUUCAAUCAGAUGCUACACCAUGAUGGGAUCGGGUUUCCAUGGGCGAUGCGCAUUGCUGGGUUCGUCAUGAUCCCGCUUUGUAUCAUCUGCAUCUUGACUAUUCGGAUGCCCGCUGUACCAAAGAAGCAGAGCGAUGUCGUUGUGGAAGGUGUGACUUUUGCAGGCAGCGAAAAGGGAGCUCCGGAGAAGAAGAAGGAUCUGAGUGUUCUACGCAAACCGCCCUUCGUGCUCCUCUGUCUUGGCCUCUUCUUCGGCAUUUUCGGCUUCUUCAUUCCAAUUUUCUACGUUUCGACAUACGCAGUCCACAUUGGCAUGUCAUCUUCAUUGGCCUUCUACUUAGUGUCCAUCGUCAACGGCGCAUCUCUAUUCGGUCGUAUACUUCCAGGUAUCGUCGGCGAUCACCUUGGUAGAUUCAACAUGCUCGCCUUCUCCAUGUUCGCUGCGAGCAUCGUAGCUUUCUGUUGGACGGCAGCGACAAGUGUUGCAGGUCUAGUUGUAUGGACUGUUGUUUUCGGCUUCACUUCCGGCGCUAUCUUGAGUCUUCAACUGGCUUGUGCAACCACUCUCGCCGAUGCUGACUCUGCGGGUGCUGCUGUUGGUACAGUAAUGGGCGCGGUAUCUCUUGCGUAA